AGUGAUAAACAUUUAAUUUACAGCGGCUAUUGUUCAGUUGACAGAUAUUGCUAAUCGCCUUGGGGUGGGUAGAAAAGCCCAUUGCAGCCAUACAGUUAUUACACUUUCGUAUUCCAAACUCGUCGCAUCAACAUGGCAGCCUUUCAAAUGGGAUCGGGCUACGCAGUGCCCAUGACCCUGUUUAAGAACAAUAGAGAUCGCGUUUGCAAAGCUCUGUUGCAGCAGCUUCAGAAUAACCUCAAGUUUGAUUCGGGCAACCUGCUUGUGCUGCUGGAGGGUGGCAAGGAUAAGAGUUUCUACAACACCGACGUGGACUAUGUGUUUCGCCAGGAGUCAUACUUCCGGUAUCUGUUUGGAGCCAAGGAGCCCGGCUGCUACGGCAUCCUCACUAUCAACGUACGGACUGGGGGCGUCGCCAGUGUGCUCUUUGUACCGCGCCUACCCGAGGAGUACAGUACUUGGAUGGGCGAGCUGCUUUCACCAGCUGAAUUUAAGGCCAUGUACGAAGUGGAUGAGGUUUACUAUCUGGAUGAACUCACGGACUAUCUGGAGAAGGCAGCGCCCAAGCUGAUACUCACGCUCAGUGGCACCAACAGCGAUAGCGGCCUCACCAUGCAGCCGCCCGAGUUCGAUGGCAAGGAAAAGUAUGUGACAGACUGCGACCUACUCUAUCCCAUAUUGUCCGAAUGCCGAGUCAUCAAGUCUGCCGAGGAGAUCGAAGUUCUGCGCUAUGUGGCCAAGGUCUCGUCGGAUGCACACAUUAGGGUCAUGAAGUUUAUACGUCCUGGCAAGAUGGAGUUCGAGGGGGAGUCACUGUUCCUCCAUCACGCCUAUUCCGUGGGCGGUUGCCGUCAUGCCUCCUACACAUGCAUCUGCGGCAGUGGCACCAAUUCGUCAAUUCUGCAUUAUGGCCAUGCCGGCGCACCCAACAGCCGACCCAUUCAGGAUGGUGAAAUGUGUUUGUUUGACAUGGGAGCCAACUAUUGCGGCUAUGCGGCAGACAUAACCUGCACUUUCCCGGCCAACGGCAAGUUCACGGAUGACCAGAAGUUCAUUUACAACGCUGUGCUGGAUGCUCGCAACGCGGUGGCCGCGACAGCACGCGAUGGCGUGUCGUGGGUGGACAUGCACAAACUGGCGGGCAAGGUAUUGCUGCAACGUCUCAAGGCGGGUGGCAUGCUUCAGGGCGAUGUCGAUGAAAUGCUCGAAGCUGGACUCUCGGCUGUCUUUCAGCCGCACGGCCUGGGUCACCUGAUUGGCCUGGAUGUGCACGAUGUGGGUGGCUAUUUGCCCACUGAACCAAAGCGGCCUAAUGAGCCGUGGCUGAGCAAGUUGCGCUUCGCCCGUGUCCUCAGGGCUGGCAUGUACGUGACCAUUGAGCCGGGCUGCUACUUCAUCAAGCGACUGAUGGACGGCGCUCUGGCCAAUCCAGAACUAAGUAAAUUCAUCAAUGUGGAUGUCUUCAAUCGUUUCCGCAACUUUGGCGGUGUACGCAUCGAGGAUGAUGUUCUUAUUACCCAGAAUGGCAACGAGAAUUUUGCAAUUGUGCCACGGACCGUUGAGGAAAUCGAGGCAACCAUGAGCUCCGAUUAGCUCAGUGAAGGGUGGAGGGGUAUAUAAUGCACACAGUAUACACUAUCUUUUUAAAAUAAUGUCAUAAUCAAAUUAUGGUUAACCAAUAAAUACAUUUCUUAUGGGA